UCAAGAUGUUUACGGCUAUGAUUUUUCCCAUUCUGUUUAGUAUAACUAAUAAGCAGGAGUACCUUCAUUAUGGUUCAUCAUGCAGAGGCCUUAAGGAAUCAGAAUUAGUAUUUUACUUGAUUUAAGAUGAUGAUGUUUAAUGCAAAUCAUUAAGAAAUUAUUUGUUAAUGUUUCUCAUUUUGUUUGUUGUAAAUCAUUUACGUUCAUAUGAAUUUCCAACAGUUCAUCGUGAUGUGAUCAAGCGCCUUGUGAAAGACAAGUCAGAGAAAGUAGCAGCUGGUGUUGAUGAUGAUUUUAUUUCAGAACUCAAGCGUCUAUCAAAAGAAGCUGUUGAAAUACAAAUGAAAGACCUUCAGUUCUUUCAACAAAAUAAGUUUACUGUGAUGAUGGCAUUUAGGGGUCUUAAAAUAGUAUGUUGUGGAGUUUUGCAACUUCAGGCGUAUUUUCUUGUCCUUGAUGACAUUAUGGAUAAUUCUCACACACGUAGGGGUCAACCAUGCUGGUUUAGAGUGCCCGAGGAUGAUUAUUUGGAUUGCUUUGGGGAUCCUGAUACUAUUGGAAAGAUAGGUACAGAUAUUGAAGAUUUUAAAUGCUCUUGGUUAGUUGCGAAAGCUUUGAAGCUUAGCAAUGAGAAACAAAAGAAAGUUCCAUACGACAACUAUGGGAGUGCAGAUCCAGAAAAUGUUGCUAAAGUAAAGGCCCUGUAUAACGAGCUUAAUCUUAAGGUAUUUGAAAAAGAAGUGUUUCAAAUAAAGACGAUAAAGAAAGUAUCAAAUGAUGAAUAUGAUGAAGAAGUAUCAAAUGAUGAAGACGAUGAAGAAGUACAAAACUGA